AUGUCUUUGCCUAUCUUUCUCCCUUCCAUUUUCAUACUACUUUCACUUCUGAAUGGAUUCCAUGCCAUUGUACAACCAAACACCAGCAUAACUGCUGGAUCAAACUCUACAUGGAAGUCACCCUCGGAUGAUUUUGAAUUUGGAUUCCUCCAUCUUCCCAGUGGUCUCUUUCUUGUGGGAAUAUGGUUUGGGAGAAUCUCAGAUAUAACACUCGCAUGGUACCUCUCUCCCCCUGUGGAACAAAAUUCCCAAAUUCAAUUCACUUCUGCAGGAAACCUUGUGGUGGUACACCCAAACGGAACCACUGCAAACACCAUAUACAAUUCAGCAGAGGGCGAUGCUGCAACUUCUGCUGACAUGCAAGAUGAUGGCAAUUUUGUCAUCAACGGCUCCAACUUAGUAUCUGUGUGGCAGAGUUUCAACUCUCCAACCAACACCAUCUUACCGGGCCAAACCUUGCUGAGUACUAAAACCCUCUUUUCCAAGGGGAAAGGACUUUCAAACUACUCGUUGGGAAGUUUCAUGCUACAAAUGCAAGAUGAUGGCAACUUGUUGCUCAGAGCUUACCAAUGGGAUGACCCUGCGUACUGGUACAUUUCAACCACCACCCCAAAUGUGACUUUGGUGUUUAAUUCUACCACUGCUCUCAUGUACCUUAUCACCGGCACCGGGAACAUCUACUCUAUAACCAACACCACUCCAACCCCGGUGGAGGAUUAUUAUCAUCGUGCUGUAAUAGAUGAGAAUGGGAAUUUCCAGCAAUAUGCUUAUCACAAGAGGAAUGGGACCGGUUGGAGGAGGGUUUGGAGAGCUGUGGAGGAUCCCUGCAGAGUGAAUGUUAUCUGCGGUGUGUAUGGCUUGUGCAGUUCUCCUGACAAUGAAUCAGUGAAGUGUGAGUGUAUUCCAGGUUAUAUCCCUUUCGAUGAUCAAGAUAUUUCAAAAGGGUGUCACCCACCAAUUGUCAUCAAUUACUGUGCAGAGAACAACUUCAAACUCCAUGUUUUCGACGACACUGAUUUCCAUUUUAAUACUCAACUUGUUAACUUGUCUGGUGUUGACUUGGAAAGUUGUAAGAAGGCCGUAAUAGAUGAUUGUAACAUUGUUGCUGCAACUUAUGACCCUUCCACCUCCACGUGUGUCAAGAAGAGACUGCCCUUACUGAAUGCUAGAAAUAGCUCUUCUUCAAAGGGAUUGAAAGCUCUGCUUAAAGCUGCUAACAGGGUUGAGUCAGAACUUCCUAAGAAGAAAAGUUUUAAUGUAAGAGUCCUUUUGAAGGUUCUUGUUGCAGUUACUGCAACUCUUGCCUGUUUCUUUGGUGCACUUGCUGUCUACUAUCAUCCUUUCACUCGGAGACUAACAAGAAGAAAGAAGCAUCUGAAUGCAACAGCUAUUGGAAUCAACUUCAGAGAAUUCACCUUUCAGGAGCUGCAUGAAGCAACAGACGGAUUUACUAAGAUUCUUGGAAAGGGAGCUUCUGGAAAAGUCUAUCGUGGUGCUUUAGUAAUAGGUGAUGCAGAGAUUGAUGUUGCAGUAAAGAAACUGGAAAAGAAAAUUGAGAAAAGUGAGAGUGAAUUCACGACUGAGCUAAAAAUUAUUGGUCGUACUCAUCAUAGAAAUUUGGUGAGGCUUUUGGGGUUUUGCAUUGAGAGUAGCCAUCGAAUUCUUGUGUAUGAGUUGAUGCCAAAUGGUGCCCUCUCUAGUUAUUUGUUUGGAGAGGGAGAAAGGCCUGAAUGGGGUCAGAGGAUGGAAAUGGCUCUUGGAGUAGCAAGAGGGUUGCUAUACCUGCACGAAGAGUGCAACACCCAAAUCAUACAUUGUGACAUAAAGCCCGAAAAUGUGUUACUUGAUGCCAAUUACACACCAAAGAUUGCAGAUUUUGGACUGUCGAAGCUUUUGAACAAAGAUCAAACUAGAACAAACACUAAUUUAAGAGGGACAAUGGGAUACAUGGCACCUGAAUGGCUAAAGAGUGCACCAAUAACUGCUAAAGUUGACAUAUACAGUUAUGGGGUUAUGUUAUUGGAGAUUAUUUGCUGCAGGAGGCACGUUGAGAUUUGUGGGGAUGGAAAAGACAGUGAAGAUUAUGAUGUGGUUCUUACAAGUUGGGUUUUAAGGUGUGUGGUGUUGAAGCAACUAGAGUUAGUGGUGAGACAUGACUCGGAAGUGCUGAAUGAUUUCAAGAGGUUUGAGGAAAUGGCCUUGAUUGGACUGUGGUGUGUUCAUCCAAAUCCUGCUUUAAGACCUUCAAUGAAGCACGUAAUGCAAAUGCUAGAUGGAACAGUGGAAGUUGGUGUUCCUCCUUUGGUUUAUGAGCAGAUGAUGGCAGAUUGAAGCCUAUAGUUUAUCACUGCAGUGCUAAAGCUCAUUGCUUGAAUAAUCUAUGUUUCUGUGUUCUCUUUUUAUUUGUUUUUUUUUCUUAAUGAAUUUCAAUAAAAAUAAUUGCCAUGUGUAUUCAAAUAAACUAUUGCUUGGAAUGGGAGAAGAUUAACUAUUG